UCGGUUGUCACUCAGUUCACUGGAGAGCUCCUACUUGCAUACCUUUCUAUCAUAUUUAUAUCGAAGAUGACUUCGUGCUACGGCUAUCGUUGCCCCUACGAGGAUGGCAUGGACUUAUCCUGCGUGAGUUUGAACUAUGGUCGCAGGAUCGUACGGAUGAACAGGUACGCCCUCCUGUUGACUGCCCUCAAGAAGAUGCCGCCAAGGCCGCAGAAAACGGCCCGUUUGUUUCAGCCCAAGCUGGAGAAGGACAAGAACAAUUCGACUCCUUCAAUGAUUGCAGCCCAAAAGGAUAGGGUAAAGGAUAUACAGCUAGCAGCUCCGGAGGUCAAAGAAUCGGAAUCCGGGCACGGACGCAAUCAUCGUGGUGCCCGGAUCUUUGAUCGCCAUUCCGGAUCGAAACGCACUGGUGUCAAGGCGGUGGACAAGCGCAAUGGGGCCGGGGCCCAUAACUGGGGAUCGCCGGAGCAGGAGAUCCAGAUGCACCAGAAGGACGAUUCUCGCAGGAACAAGCAAUCGCAGGAUGUGCCCAUCCAAUCCAAGGCGGCUGUAGAGAAGAAUUCAUCGAAGGAUUCGCCGGUGCAACUCACACUGGACGAGUGGCGUGCCAUGCAGGCCCAGAUGAAGAGAUUACUUCAGAAGAAUCAGGAGAAGGCUUCCGAGGAUGACGAGGCAGGGUCAGGAAAAUCGGGAAGAUCCGGUGAUGAGGCCGCAGGUCGACGUUCUGGCCGCCAAUUGCGUCAAGUCGACAUCAAGCUCUAUUUCAGUUCCAAACCAGGACCCAUUUUGAAGAUCAGCGACUACCCAAAGUCCUGUCCAAAGGUCCACGAUAAGGGGCAGUUCCUAAAACUUUCCUAAGUCAACAUUUUCAAGUUGCCUUUCCUCACUGUAAUUCAAGUAAAUUUUGGUAUUUCGCUUUAUGUUCAUGUUACUUACAUCAAUGUGAUUCGGUA